UGCAUUCCAUUCAGAGAUCGAGUCGCGUAGGCAGCAGUGUGUUGAAGCCGCAGUCAUUCGCGAUCUAUUACCGCUUGCAGGCGACGGAUGAGCGACGUGGAGCGACGCGAAUCGGCCAAACACCACCAGACGCGUCCCAAAUCAUUCCCAGCAGCCGACGACGCAGAGAGGUCGAUGCAGCCCGCAGUGCGUCAAGACCAUGCCAUUCCCGUCUACGGCGAGCUGAGCACACGCAGCGGACGGGAAUCAGCGCCUCUACCUCAGACAUCAAGCAGCUCAACCAACUCUCCAUCUCUUCUUGUCAGACAAAGUUCGUUUCAUUCGUCCGGAAGGAACGGACGCGACCGCGACGUGGCGUUAGAGAAAAUACGAAGAUCGUUGAGACCGUAUGCCGUCAACGGCAGCGAUUUGGCGUUCGCAUUUGACAGGCAGAUCGCACCGUUCGACGUCUCGCAGCGCGCUCCGUGCCCCGUCGACGGCACCGAGAACUACUCCGUGUUGCUGCGAGAAUCUGGAGCGAAUGCGUUGGCGGAGUCUGGCAUGGGGGUAUGGACCACUAACGCAUACCACCAGCCCUAUCAGCAGAGAUACAGUCUACGCAGCACGGACAGCGGGUUUCCUCUCGAGUUGGCGAGCGACGACGAGCAGUGGGCCUACGAUGUGAUCUCACCUCGCGAGGGAAGGCAAAUGCUGCGCUCGGCGCAGAGAGUCGCUGGUUGUGGAGGGCGCGAGGUCGACGAGGCGUUUGAUCGACAGUCCGAGUCUCCCAGCGGGACGCCUAUAACUGUCAGUCGCAGCGAGAGUAUGCGUUCUUGUGGGCCGGCGUAUGGGAGUCCGGAGCCGUGCCGUCAGGCGACGGUGAAAAGGAGUGAGAGCACGAGGUCAUAUCAGAGUGAGAGUCCCAGGGAUACGAGGAGACGGAGCGGUUCUGUGCGUUCUGGCAAUGUGCAGGGUCCUGUCGGUUUAAAUAGGAGUAACAGCAUCCGCUCGGCGGGUGCUGUUACUCCCACAUCAAAUCUGGAGUCGUUAGCGAGGAGGAAUGGUGCAACAAGAGCAACUAGACCCUCCCCGCCCCCACAGACAAGUUCAAAGGUUGUACAACAGCAGACAGGAAGUCAUUGGAAUAUUGAACGAGAAUCGGGUGCCACGCCAACAUCGGGUCUGUCGAGGAAGGAGAGUUUGCGUUCGAAUCGAGGUGUGUCGCCGCCAUAUCAUGCUCAUUUGUGUCAUCUUCCUCCGCCAUAUCGAGAUUCACCAACUCUCGGACUGGAGUCAAGAGCCAUACAGAGCGCAUCGCCGAACCCAGCUACUCUAACCAGACUUCCGCUUCAUUCUCCUAAUCCGCUGACUCAGACGAUGAAUGCGGCCGCCAUUCGAAGUCCUGCCGACCCACCACCGUUCUAUUAUCAUCGACAUGGAUCGGGUACUCCUGUUGAAGGACGCCAGACACCCGUGUAUGGACCUGUUGCUGCCGGGUCACCAAUGACGGUUGGUGGACGAGCUCCGCCUCCUGCUUAUAGUCAAGCGUCUCCACCACGGUACGACAGGACACCAGUAGGAUUCACUGAUGGGAGACAAACGCCGAGAAGAUCGUCAAGACCGAGUUCUCCUGGGACACCAGCAACAGACCGGGUACCGAAGACAAGUGUAUCGCGUUCCCGUGGACCUACACCGACUGGCAUGGUGGUUGAGCCACCUCCGUAUCAUUCUUCAUCUAGGACAACGCCUCCAGCUUUUAUGGAUCCUUUGGUUACACAGCGAAAGCAACCUGUCCUUCCCGUUGAUUACUAUAUUCCACAAGGCCCCAUUGUUGCUACUCAUCGAGAAAGUCCUGCCUUUUCUGUUUCAUACAGUGAACCUGACUCAGCCACGUCUCCAGCGUUUACAGUGUCAAAUGCCGUCCCUGAUCCUGUAUCGUUGUUUAGUCAGAUGAUGCCAGUAAUUGAAGAGGGAUGCGAUGGCCGAAGCGAUGCAUCAGAUGGUCGGUAUGACAGUCUAAGGAGGCGGCGUCGGUAUUUACCUUCCUACAUGGAAUGUGACAGUCCAUGUAUUGUAGAAGAAGGUCCACAUCCUUACACAGGGCCUAGGAUAUCUCCAGAGGCGUACAAGUUCUUCAUGGAACAACACGUUGAAAAUGUAAUAAAGCGGUUUCGAGAUACACGAGAACGACGAAUGAGUCUAGAGAAACGGAUGGAGCAGCAUAAGCUGAAAGAGGAGACACGAGACCAAAUGAGACGAAUCCUUGCACAAAGAGAGUCGAACUACUUGCGGUUGCGACGGGCCAAGAUGGAUCGAUCACACUUCACGCAACUCAAAAUACUCGGUCGUGGAGGGUUUGCUGAAGUAAGUUUGGUACGAAAGAAGGAUACAGAUGAGCUAUAUGCACUGAAGACUCUGAAAAAGGAUGAGGUGAUCAAGCGAAAUCAGGUUGCACACGUGAAAGCAGAAAGAGAUAUUCUUGCUGAAGCAGACAAUGAGUGGGUAGUCAAGCUUUUCUAUUCCUUCCAAGACGCGGAGCAUCUAUACUUUGUCAUGGAUUACAUUCCAGGUGGCGACAUGCUUAGUUUGCUGGUCAAACUGCAAGUGUUCUCUGAGGACCUCGCCAGAUUCUACAUCGCAGAGUUAGUGCUCGCAAUCGAUUCAGUACACAAGAUGGGAUUCAUCCAUCGGGACAUCAAACCAGACAAUAUCCUGGUUGACCGCCACGGCCACAUCAAGCUUACUGAUUUCGGCUUGUGUACUGGAUUUCACUGGACACACGAUUCGAAGUAUUAUAAGACAAGUGGCCACCAGAGGCAAGAAAGCCAGGAACCUGAACCCGGUGCUUGGGAGCUAAUUAGACAAACUCAUAAUAUUGACCUGUCAAAGCCACUUGUUCGGAGGGCAGUUCGCAAGGAGCGUCGCCGCAAUGAAGCAAAGUCAAUAGUAGGCACACCUAAUUACAUAGCCCCAGAAAUCCUCACUGGCGAGGUUUACAGUCAGCUGUGCGACUGGUGGUCAGUUGGAGUUAUUCUCUACGAAAUGGUGUUCGGUCAACCUCCGUUCCUGUCUCCCACAGCCAUUGAGACACAGUUGAGGAUAAUAAAUUUCAAGACGACCUUGGAGAUUCCGGAAUGUGAAGAAGUGUCAGACAUAACUCGAGAUCUCAUUCGCGGUCUCUGCUGUGGGCACAGUUCUCGUCUUGGGAACGACAUGCAGGAGCUGACAAGCCAUCAAUUCUUUGAUUGCAUAAUGUGGGAUACCCUUCGCCAAAUCGAAGCACCUUAUGUUCCUCACCUAACAUCUGAAACAGAUACAUCCAACUUUGACGAAGCCACAUCUGUUGGCGGAUCAUGUUCACAGCCACGGUCACAAGGGACUCGAAGUGGUAGUGAGGAUUCCACAAAAGCUUCAAGUUCAUGCCUCCCUGAUGCUGGGAACGCACAUGCAUUUUAUGAGUUCACAUACCGCCGCUUUUUUCAUGACAACAAAGGAUAUCCAGUAAAGGAAUCGACUGUAUAUGUUUAGCUGCUGACACUAAUUUAACUAAUUAAAGAAUGAUUUGUGUAAUCGUAUUAGUACCUGUUUUCACACACAUAAGAUGAAUAGAGAACAGAAAACUGAGCUGUAAUGUACAGAUCUAGAUGUAGAGUUUAGAUGUUAUAAAUAAUCAGUCAGUUUAUAUCUCCA